UCUGUCUGACCUGGACUGAGCCUGGGCAAUCUUUCCAGCUGGGCUCCUCAGCACGGCAGCCAGUUCAAAGCAGUAGGAGGAGCAGCUCCUCGGUCAGUGUACAGGAAAAUGGACAUAACUAUGGCUGUUCUGUUGGCCUUGGUUCUGGGACUUCUGAUGGUCAAGUUUGCUUUGUUUCAGCCAAGAAAUCCAAAUUCCCCACCUUGCAUUAGUGGCUGGAUCCCUUGGUUGGGAGCUGCAUUUCAGUUUGGGAAAGCUCCUCUGGAGUUUAUAGAACAAGCCAGAGUCAAGUAUGGGCCAAUAUUCACAGUGUUUGCUCUGGGAAAUCGAUUCACCUUUGUGACUGAGGAAGAGGGGAUUGAAGCAUUUUUUACAUCUAAGGACAUAGAUUUUGAGCAGGCGGUGCAGCAAACAGUCCAGCGCACAACUUCAGUUCCUGCAGAAAUCUUUUAUCGGAACCAUAGCAGGCUCUAUAGCAUGAUGAAAGGAAAAAUGGGUACCUCUAGCCUAUACCUUUUUGCUGGAACUCUGUGUCAAGAAUUACAUGAGCACAUGGACUGCUUGGGCACAGCAGGAACUGAGAAUCUCAGUGAUCUAAUAAGAUCUGUCAUGUAUCCAGCAACCGUAAAUAUCUUAUUUGGAAAAGGCAUCUGUCCAACAAACAAGAGUGACAUCAAGGAGUUUGAAGAACAUUUUCAGAAGUAUGAUGAGGGUUUUGAAUAUGGGUCUCAGAUGCCUGAGUAUUUUAUGAGAAACUGGUCUAAGUCCAAAAAAUGGCUUCUAAAAGUGUUUGAAAAAGUGGUAUCAGACGCUGAGAGAGCCAACCUGUCAGACAGUGAUUCCAAGACACUGCUGCAGCAUCUCCUGGAUAACUUGCAUGGAAAACAUUUAGCUCCCAAUUACGCUCUCUUAUUGCUCUGGGCCUCCCAGGCGAAUGCUAUGCCUGUGGCAUUUUGGACCCUGGCAUUUAUACUAUCCCACCCUUCUGUUUACAAGAACAUCAUGGAGGACCUCGGUUCUGUUUUUGGCAAAGCAGGUAAAGAGAAUAUUGAAAUAUCUGAAGAUGACCUUAAGAAGCUGCUCUUAAUUAAAUGGUGCACUUUGGAAGCCAUACGGCUACGGUCUCCAGGUGCAAUCACUAAGAAAGUGGUGAAUCCAAUAAAAAUUCAGACUUUCACCAUCCCUGCAGGUGACAUGCUGAUGUUGUCUCCAUAUUGGGUGCACAGGAAUCCAAAAUACUUUCCGGACCCUGAAACAUUCAGACCUGAUCGUUGGAAAGAAGCAAAUUUAGAGAAGAAUGCUUUCUUGGACGGCUUCGUGGCAUUUGGAGGAGGGAAGCAUCAGUGUCCAGGAAGGUGGCUUGCUAUAAUGGAGGUUCACAUGCUAGUCAUUUUGUUCCUUUACAAAUACGAAUUUAUUCUUUUGGACCCAGUACCAAAUGAGAGCCUUCUCCAUUUAGUGGGGACACAGCAGCCCGUGGGAGCAUGCCGGGUUCAGUAUAAACUCCGGCACUGAAAGCUGACUUGACUAACUCUGGUUCCUUUGCCAGCUGCAGUCUUUGAGGGACCAUUGCUCUGUUUCCCUUUGGCAUGUCCUAUGUGUCCAAAUGUAGUCAGUGCCAUAAGCAGUUGUUUAAAUAGUUUCAAAUGCUGUAUGUACUCUGAGUAGUUUUUAUAUCAUGCCCAACACUGUGGUAUCUAAGCACCUGGACCUAUGUGUCUAGGACACAGUAUUUAAAACCCAGCCUUCCUUUAUGCAUCUGCAAUUUGUGGGUGCAAUGACUGGCAGCGUGUAGCUAUCUAACUUGCUGGUUGCACCCACAAGUCAGGCGUUUAGGGGCCAGAUUCAUUAUGCUCACUAUUACUUUGGAGCACCAAGUAGGAGGCGGUGCUGGGAGCUCUUUGAAAAUUAGGUCCUGUUGGCCCAGUUCACGCUUGUGCUGCAUGUUCACUUAGACCAGUGCAAAGUGACUGGUAAGCGUUAGCAGGUCAGAACAAUAAUACUUUGCACUGGUGUAAAUGAAUACACAAAGUGCAGGACAAUAGUGAAUUGGGCCCUCUGGAUCAAAUCCUCAGCUGGUGUAAAUCAGCAUAACUCCUCUGUCUUUGCUGGAACGUUCCUGAUUUACACCAGAGGAGGAGCUGACCUGUGUCUAAACGAAGGCUAAAGGAUUGUAAAUGAAAUAUAUGAAAGUGAAAGUGAUCCUGCACCCUUGGUGCAGCCAAAACUCCUACCGACUUUUCUCGAGCUUUGAUUGCUCCAGUGAUUCAGAAUUGCCCCCUACCUUAUAGUCCAAUGAAAGCCUUGCCAUGAUGUUUGUUUUCCAUUUUAUACUUUGCAGGAACUUGCAAGAAAACUUUGUCUAAGGUCUAGAAGACUUUUUUGCUUUCUUUUAAUGAUUUACAGCAUGUGAGAUGCCAAUCUUUUUUGGCUGUUGCACAAAUCUAAAAAUAUCUAACCCUAAAAAGAAAAUCUGGAAUUAAGCACUGUUUGAGGAAGCAGUUCAACAAAUUAAAAAUGUCUUUUAGAAUAUACAAAAUUUUAACUGCUGUCAGAUAAUAGCCUUGUUUGUAUAUCUUUAGUUUUAAGUAAAGACCACUGAUCACUUUUACAAAUAUUUGCCCCCAAAAUGCACAUUUUAAAACACUAAGAACUACAGAAUAAAGUUCCAUAGGAAAAAAAUAUAUAACAGCUGUAGCAUGAUGCGCUAAAUUGAUGACCAGAUCUUAUCUCGCUUGGUUUAUGGAUCUGACAGUGUUGCAAGCUAGCCACAUGGUUAGUUGGUGAUUUUGGUGGUGGUAUAUUAUAGUGGUCUCUAGUUGUGUUCAUUAUAGUUACAUCUGCAAGACACUUUCCACUCUCUCACCUCCUGUUUUUAGUUGCUUAAGUGGUUCUGAAACACUUACUAUUAGAGCUGAUAUUUUCAUGUGUGGUCACUGCCUAAAAGUAUGUGUCUUUAUAUAUUUUUCAUUUUUGAAAGUCUGAGCAAAAUCUGUUCUGGUAUUUUGCAAUCGUGAGCAUGGAAAAUGUCUUUCCCGUUGCUUUAAAAUAAACACUCUCAUGGUUUUCCACUCCAAAAGGGCAACAUCACACUGGAUACACCAGUAAUCCCGAAUGAGCAGUAAUGACACUAUGUGCUAUGAACAUUUUUUUUUUGCAGCAGAGUUAUGUGUUACCAGAUUUGCCUGUUACUUUGAA